AUGAUUUACUCAGUCCUCUCGCCUGCCUUCCUGAUGACUCCCUCUCCCUUGCCCUCUUCAUUCUUUCCCUUGCCACUCUGGCGCGCUCCGUGCUAUAUGCCAGCCCGCCGCCUUCCCCUUCGCGUCCGCGCUGGUCCUGUCCCACCCCCACCUCCCUUCGCAUGUCCUCCGCACUCAUCCGUGCUCCUGCUCGCCCCGACUGCCUCUCUGGCGAGUAAUGCGCCCUCGCCCAGCCUUCUCUAUGCGUUCCUCGCGGCCAGUGCCUCUCGGGCAAAGGGGAUCUCUCGUCCCUUCUCCCUCCGUGCCCGCGGCAACUGUCUUGCAGAUGCCACUCCUCCUCCCAUCUCCCUCCCUGCUUGCGCUGCAGACCUGGCGAACGUGUCUCACCCCUUGCCCUUCCCGCGUAGUGCCGCCACGGAUCCGGUGAGCCAGACCCGCCAGUCUGUCGUCUAUCAUGUUGCCCAUGCCGAUCAGGCGAGCGCGACCCGCCCCCCUGCCUCCCAUCAUGGUGCUGACGCACCUCAGGCGAGUGCGACCCUCCGUUCCGCCCUCCUCCGCGCUGCCAACGCGGAUCAGGCUCCAGCACCAACCCUGCUCCUGCGCACGGGUACUCUUUCAUUCCUUUACGGCGUGCUCUCGCAUCCGCCCCCGUGA